AUGGUAAAUGCUGGUUGCAACUCUUUUAUGGAAAAUUAUGAUGAUUUAUUAGAAUAUCAAGAAGAUAUUUUAACCCCAAAAGAUAUAAACGACUUAAAUUGGUGCUAAAACAACGAUAUAGAUAGCAUAUGUAUACCCAAUUUAAGAAAUAAAGAUGAUAUAAUAAAUGUCCGAAAUAUUUUAGGAAAUAAAAAAAAAAAUUAAAUUUUUUCUAAAAUCUAAAAUUCCGAAUCAUUAUUAAAUUUUGAAGAAAUAGCUAAAAACUCAGACGGAAUAAUUAUUGCUAGGGGUUAUUUAACUUUAUAUGUAGCUGCGGAAAACCUCUUUACUUUAUAAGCUUAAAUGAUAAAAUAUUGUCAUGAAUAUUUAAAACCAGUAUUUGUUUAAUAAAACGUAUUGGAUAGUAUGGUAUCUUCACUAUUACCUAGUUUUUGCGAAAUAACUGAAAUAUCUAACCUUGUAUAUAAUUUUGUGGAUAAUAUUAUGCUUUCAGAAGAAACAUCAUGCGGAGAUCACCCUUUGGAAGCUGUAAAAACACUAAAAAGAAUUUGUUUAGAGGCUGAGUAGUAAAAAGAAAAUGAACUUUUUAAUAAUUUUUAAUAAUUAACUUCUACUAAUAUUACUGUCUAAAGUUGCAUUUUAGAAUGUGCUAAAAAAGCUGCAGGCGAGUUACAAGCCAAGGCAAUUAUAGUAUUUACUAGUAGAGUUUUAUGA